AUGCCGUCAGUCUCAAACAACACCAAUCAUGAGGUAACUCCAUUUGAAUCUAUAUCAACUGUGGCGAAUGUCGGGUUGAUUAGUGAUUCACUGAGGAACGAGUUUGACAUUGUCGAGAUAUCCAAGGAUAUCUUUACAGAGAUAUUUCCCGCCACAACAGACGAGAAUCUUGGUGCUUCUGCAUAUGUACCAGAAAAUGCCUACAUUCUUGUCAAGUUACUAGGAGCUCCAGACUACUUUGACAAGUUCCAAAUACUCAAAGUGAGCAGAGUUCAGUCCCACCUCACUAAAUCGAUUAUUCUCAUCAAUAACUCCAAUAUGGCACGUUUCAACAGUGACGAAUUAACUUUCAAUUUGGCAGCAGUGAAGUCGAUUGACGUGGCCAGCAUUCCGAAUUUGUCACAGGUUUUCGUCUCAGUGCCAAACGAAGUCUACCAUUUGUUGAAGGAUAGAUCACAACAAACGAUUAAACAAUUGUUCGUGCUUCAGAUGCUUGUAGGGAAUGGCAAUGUGGUUAAUGAAGGAGAUACAAUCCGUUUGAUAAACGGAAGGGUUAAUUUAUGUGAGCCAGUGGCACAGGGAAAGGUUGAUCUCGAUACAAACUUUGUCUUGAUAAAUCAGAAUGAUGGCAAUAAUACCCUUGCACCAAGCGCAACAUCUGAAUCAUUUGACGAUGCUGAUUUGGAUUUGGACUUGUCCAGCUAUUUGUCAUCUGGAUUACAAUUUGAUGCACACUCAAAAGCAAACAGUGCCACAAAAUUCCGAGUCAAACCGUUAUUUGAAAAGAUGAACUUUGAACAUCCACCAGAACAUUGGCGUAAAGAAGACAAGGAACUUUAUGCAUUUAUCAACAAUUCUGAUUUCGUUAAAUUGGGAUUCCCGGUUUUCAAUGGUGAUUUAGUCAAAAUCAACACCGCAAACGAGUUUAUUGUUGUGAGAAUUUUCAGCUUCACUGAACCGCAAUCUUCAUUUCAAACUGGAUGUUUGUAUGUCUCGCCUAUUUUAUUGAUCAACUUACAGCUUGGGCAAGAUUCAGAAAUCACAAUUGAACCUGUACAGGGAGAUUCGUUGAACUCGCUCAUUCCAGUUGCUGAAUCCGCAACGAUUUCAAGAGUAAGUUCACAAAUAACCAUGGACAAGACGUAUCAACAAAGCUUCUUCUCCAGUUUGAAGACAAUUCUCAGUGACCAAUUGAAAUGCGUCAAGGAAGGGGAUUAUUUCCCAGUCGUUAUCGACACUGUUUUGGCAAAAGUCAUGUUUGAUAAUGCAAGCGAAGACAAUAACGACGAGAAUGGAGAACAAAAUUUGGAAGUAAUUCCAGUGGGGAACCCCGAUGCAGUAGCUUGGUUCAAAGUCACUGAUAUCAAGGGUACAAAUGAAAUGGGAACCAACCAAUUCCUCAUUGACCCCACAAAGACUCUACUUGUGUCCUCAGGUGUUGACAGUUCGAGGUUGCCUGAAAACGCACACGCAAAUUGGUACCAGUACCUCAACUUGCCGCCCAUCUUCGACUAUGCUCCUUCAACUGAUUUCAAGUAUGCACAAGAGUUUAGAAAAAUCUUGCAAACAUGCCUAUCUUCAAAAAUCAACUUGAGGACAUCGAUACUUUUGACAUCAAUGAGUAGAGGAAUAGGGAAAACGACGUUAGUACGCAGUACAUGCAUCGAUAUGGGAUUGAACUUGAUUGAACUUGACUGUUUUGACUUCAUCAACCCUGGCCAAGAAUUGAAGACAAUUGGAUUGCUUAGUGGUAAAAUUGAUAAAUUGAUAGCCAAUGUACCUAACCAAUCUGCUUUCCAUGUCAUCUAUUUAAAACAUAUUGAGAAUUUGGUUCCUAAAACAGAUGAAAAUGAUCAAAACUCGAGCAUCUUUGCAUCACUUUCGUUGAAGAUAAUUGAAACCUUGGUUGAGUACUUGGAAAAGUAUUCCAACCUCGUUAUUGUUUUGAGCUGUAAUGAUUAUGACAAGUUGAAUGAUAACAUAAAAUCCAUCUUGAAAUUCACAAUUGAAUUUACUGUCCCCACUGAAAAUGAACGUCUCGAUAUAUUCAAAUAUUUGAUUGCAAAUGAACGAUCCAAGGUGCCCUCUUCCACAGACCUCACUUCGUUCCCGUUCGUAACUAGAAAAGACAUCAACUCGAAAACACUUGCAUUACAAUCUGCCGGAUUGACUCCUCGUGAUUUGAUAUCCAUAAUCAAAAAAUCCAAGAAAUUGGCCAUUAAGCGAUUGACGAAAUUGUCCAAAGAACUCAAUAUUCCAGUGCUUGACCUAAUCAAUGUUGGAAAUGGUGGGGUCAUCACUUGGACACCUGAAGAUUUCGAAGCUGCCAUUAAUGAAGCUCGAAACCAAUUUAGUGAUUCCAUCGGAGCUCCUCGUAUCCCUAACGUUAAAUGGGAAGAUAUUGGUGGGUUAGACUUGGUCAAGGACGAAAUCUUGGAUACUAUAGAUAUGCCGUUAAAGCACCCUGAAUUGUUCAACAAUGGGUUAAAGAAACGGAGUGGGAUUUUAUUUUAUGGUCCCCCAGGAACUGGUAAAACAUUGUUGGCAAAAGCUAUUGCUACAAACUUUUCGUUGAAUUUCUUUUCCGUCAAAGGUCCUGAAUUGUUGAAUAUGUACAUUGGUGAAUCCGAGGCUAAUGUGCGUCGUGUUUUCCAAAGAGCAAGAGAUGCCAAGCCCUGUGUCAUUUUCUUUGAUGAAUUGGAUUCGGUGGCGCCCAAGAGGGGUAACCAGGGUGAUUCUGGUGGUGUUAUGGAUAGAAUCGUGUCUCAAUUGCUAGCAGAAUUGGAUGGUAUGAGCAGUGAAGGAGGAGAUGGGGUUUUCGUUGUUGGCGCCACAAAUAGACCAGAUUUACUAGAUGAAGCGUUAUUGAGACCUGGUAGAUUUGACAAAAUGUUGUAUCUUGGAAUAUCCGACACCGAUGAGAAGCAGACCAAGAUUUUGGAAGCUUUGACAAGGAAAUUCCAGUUGGAUGAUGGGGUUGAUUUGCAAAAAAUUGCCGAAAAGUGUUCAUUCACAUACACCGGUGCCGACUUUUAUGCAUUGUGUUCCGAUUCUAUGUUGAAUGCAAUGACGCGAGUGGCUGGUGAGGUUGAUGAAAAGAUUAAAGCGUAUAAUGCCGAUAUGGUUGCCCAGGGUAAGAAUGAGGUCAAUUCUAGGUGGUGGUUUGAUAAUGUUGCUACAAAGGAAGAUACCACUGUUUUGGUUAAAAUGGAGGACUUUAUCAAGGCACAAACUGAAUUGAACCCUUCAGUAUCAGCUGAGGAAUUGCAACACUAUCUUCGAGUGAGAGAGAAUUUUGAAGGUGGCAAGGAAAAAGCUCAAGCUAAGCUUGCAAAUGGAAAUGAGCCGAUCAAUGGUUCUAUACAAUUUUAA